AUGGGGUACAAUCUGUCUUAUGGAAAGCUUCCCCUAAGCAUCCUCACAGCUCAAAAAAGCCACUCCUCAGCCAACUCCACAGCAGGCUCCCCAGGGACCUCCAGGCACGACGAGUUCACCACCAUCGUCCUGCCCGUGCUUUACCUCAUCAUCUUCCUGGCCAGCCUCCUGCUCAACGGCCUGGCGGUGUGGAUUUUCUUCCACAUCAGAAACAAGACCAGCUUCAUCUUUUACCUCAAGAACAUCGUGGUGGCAGACCUCCUCAUGACGCUGACCUUCCCCUUCAAGAUCAUCCAGGACUCGCAGCUGGGGCCGUGGCACUUCAACUCCUUCCUGUGCCGCUACACCACGGUGCUGUUCUACGCCAACAUGUACACCACCAUCGUCUUCCUCGGGCUCAUCAGUGUCGACCGCUACCUGAAGGUGGUGAAGCCCUUUGGGGACUCCAGGAUGUACAGCAUCACCUUCACCAAGGUGCUGUCAGCCUGCGUCUGGGUGGCCAUGGCCUUCCUGGCCCUGCCCAACCUCAUCCUCACCAACGGCUACCCCACGCGGAGGAACGUCGACGACUGCCUGAAGCUGAAGUCGCCGCUGGGGGUGCAGUGGCACAGGGCCGUGGUCUACAUCAACACCUGCACCUUCGUGGUGGUGCUGAUGGUGCUGAUCGGCUGCUACAUCGCCAUCUCCAGGUACAUCUACAAAUCCAGCAAGCAGUUCAUCAGCUCCUCCAGCAGGAAGAGGAAGCACAACCAGAGCAUCCGGGUGGUGGUGGCCGUGUUCUUCACCUGCUUCCUGCCCUACCACCUCUGCAGGAUUCCCUUCACCUUCAGCCACCUGGACAAGAUCCUGGACGACUCGGCGCACAAAAUCCUCUACUACUGCAAGGAGAUGACUCUCUUCCUGUCAGCCUGCAACGUCUGCCUAGACCCAAUCAUUUACUUCUUCAUGUGCAGGUCCUUCUCCCGGAGGCUGUUCAGGAAAUCCAACAUGAGGACCAGGAGCGAGAGCAUCCGCUCACUCCAGAGCGUCCGCAGGUCCGAGGUCCGCAUCUACCACGAGUACACUGAUGUCUGA